CCCUUUGCUCACACAGCUUCGCCUUGGAGGUCGCGAAGUCUUUCGUAGCGCGACCUUCGCGUGGAUGUAUGAGAGGUCUGCCACGAUCGAUGCGAUUGCGGCUCAUAUCGUCAAUGGCUCGCAAAAACAUAACAAAUUCUGGGUCGCGACAGUACUCAGAGGAUAGCCCGAUCCAUGAAAGACCUCCUCGGCUCUUGUGGCCGCCACAUUGCGCCAUCCAGGAUAACACUGACGCGAAGGGCGUCUGGCUUGAACCGGUACCGAAGACCGUGGUGGGCGAGAUCAAGAAAUGGGCACGGGAGUUGAAUGUCCAACCAGAGCGCACCCCUGGGUACUGGAUCGAUAAACCUGGACACGACACGGCGGCCGGUGCAACAGCCGGGCCUGAUGAGAAAAUCGUAGUCUUCUUCCAUGGCGGUGAAUUGACCGGCGAGCCCGCACGAGGCUACGCUAACCUGGUGCACCUGCCCUAUGCUGUCCUCUCACAAUGUCCCUCCGCGCGUCGGGCGUUCGCGGUGGAAUACCGUUUCUGCAACCUUUCACCUGUCUACUCCAAUCCGUUCCCUGCUGCGCUCCUUGACGCCAUCGCAGGAUAUCGUUACCUCGUCGAUGACGUCGGCGUUGACCCGGCAAACAUCAUCCUCCUCGGCGAGUCUGCUGGAGGCAAUCUCGCGCUAGCGCUCGCACGCUACAUCGCGCAGAACACCGCGGAGCUUUCGCGCGUCAUGCGCAACAUGCCUUCUGCAUGCCCGGACUACGAGAUGAUCCUACUCUCGCCGUGGUGCGAUCUCGGAACGUCACACGAUACGCCUGGAUCGGGAUCGCUCGUCCAUUCCUACGACUUCCUCGCGGACUUGCAGACGGGGGUCUUCGCGGCCGCACGACAGGCAUACGGAGACCCCCUAGGCUUUUCUGCGACAGACAGAAAUCCGUACCUAUCCCCUGCUUCGCGAUACGUGCACGCGUCGUUUGUAGGUUUCCCGAGGACAUUCAUCAGCGUUGGGCGGGCUGAGCGCUUUGUGGGUAUGUGUCGGACACUCCGUGACAAGAUGGCCAGGGAUAUGGGAAAAAAACGUGUUACGUAUCAUGAACCAAGGGUCUUGUUGCGAAGUAGUCUUGUAACCGAAGGGCGACAAUACCCUGAAGGUUCAAGGACAAUCGGGGCGUGGCUAGCAGAGCGACCGUCAGGUACCUAG